AUGAGCAUGCGCGACCGUAGCGGACCGUGGACGCUGGCUGGCGUCCUGGCCGCGGGCUUGUUGGCGAUCACUUGGGCGUCGCCGGCGAGCGGCCAGCCUGUCGACGGGACGCUCGCCGACGCCGCGCGACAGGGCGCCGUCGAAACGGUCGCCGACCUCCUGGAGGCGGGCGCCGACGUCGACGCCGCCGGGUCGGACGGCACGACGGCCCUGCACUGGGCGGUGCAGCGGGACGACCGUCCCCUCGCCCGCCGGCUCAUCGCGGCCGGCGCCCGCGUCGAGGCUGCGAACCGCUACGGGGUGACGCCGCUCGCCCUGGCCGCCGCCAACGGCAGCGCACCGCUCGCGGCGGCGCUGCUCGACGCCGGCGCGGACCCCGAAGCCGCGAGCCCCGGCGGCGACACGCCGCUCAUGCUGGCCGCCCGCACAGGUCGGCCGGACGUCCUGCGGCUGCUCCUCGAAGCCGGCGCCGACGUGCAUGCGACCGAGUCGUGGAGCAGGACGCCUGAUGUGGGGCGGCGCCGAGGCCACGCGGACGCCGUCCUCCGCGCUCAUCGCGGCCGGCGGCGGACAUCGAGCCCGGUCGGACGGGCGGCUCACGCCGCUGCUGUUCGCGGUGCGGGGGGGACACAUCGGCGUGGUCGAGGCCCUGCUGGCGGCCGGGCGAACAUCCACGGCGCCGCUCGGGACGGCAGCACGCCGCUGGCUCUCGCCGUCGUCAACGCGCACUACGAGCUGGCGGGGCGGCUGCUCGAGCUCGGCGCGGACCCCAACCUUCCCGACCCCCGCGGCUCGGUGCUUCACGCGCUGGCCUGGAUACGACGCCCGGGGUCGGGACGGCCGCCGCUGCCGACCGGCGCCCUCGACAGCCUCGAUCUGGCCCGCGCCCUCCUCGAGGCGGGAGCCGACCCCGACGUGCACAUCGACUGGCGAGAGAUUCCCUUCGAGGUCGACCUCGGCAUCGUCAGGCCCCCGCCGGGCAUCUCCGUGGGGCGCAACUUCCUGAGCUUCGUGGGCGCGACCCCGUUCUAUCUCGCGGCCAAGCACGCCGACGUCGACCUGAUGCGGCUGCUCGUCCGGCACGGGGCCGACCCGCUGACUCCGACGCACCAGCGCGUCACGCCGCUGAUGGCGGCGGCGGGGGUCGGCUUCUGGGACGGCGAGAGCCCCGGCCCCCUGAACGGAACGCCGGAGCAGAUCCGACUGGAAGCGAUCAAGCUCGCGAUCGAGCUGGGCAACGACCUCCAUGCCGCGACCGACUUCGGGGACACUCCGCUGGCCGGCGAGGGCCGCGCGCUGCUGUUGCGGCAUCCCCUCAAUCUCGCGGAGCUGGACGCGCAACGGGACCGGGGCGACAUGCGCUGGGGCGGCAGCACCGCCCUGCACGGCGCGGCCAUGAUCGGCUCGAACCUGAUCGUGCAGUACCUGCUGGAGCAGGGCGCGGACAUCGACGCGCCGAACACCCUCGGAUGGACCCCCCUGAUGGUCGCCGAGGGCGUCUUCGUCGCCAACACCGAGAAGGCGUGGCCCGACACGGUGACGCUGCUCCGCGAGCUCGGCGCCGGAUCGAACUGA